GACAGUUCUCCGGCAAAGUGACAUUCGCGAUGUGUGUCUCGAUCAGCUGUUUUAUUUAACAAUCGCGCUUACGAGUUUUAACAACAAUAACAUCGUAAAUAAAGUGAUUCAACAUGAGGAUACACACACCGAAAAUGUCUUCAAUACACAAAAUAUUGGAUUUUUACUCACAAUUUAAUCCCUCACCGCUUUCUAUAAAACAGUUUAUAGAUUUCGGGUUAAGUGCGUGCGAGCGCAAAUCCUUUGUUUUUCUGCGCAAGGAAUUGCCAGUGCGGCUGGCGAACAUAAUGAAGGAGAUCGCCCUCCUGCCGGAGAGACUGCUGAGUAUGCCCAGCGUUGACCUGGUCAGCGCCUGGUAUGCCAGGAGCUUCCAAGACGUCAUCAAAUUUGAAAAGCAGGACAUCAACGAAGAAACACUUGACUCGUUCUGCACCGUGUUGUCGACGAUACGCGAUCGUCAUGCUGAUGUUGUGCAGACCAUGGCUCAGGGAGUUCUUGAAUUGAAAGACAGGACGGACGCUAUCGAUCCACCAGUGGAAUUAUCGAUCCAGUACUUCUUGGAUCGACUCUACAUGUCCAGAAUAUCUAUAAGAAUGCUCAUAAAUCAACACACACUGCUCUUCGGUGGUGGCCGCCGCGAGGGCCGGCACAUAGGAUGCAUCGACCCGGUGUGCGACCCGGCGUCCGUGGUGCGAGAUGCGUACGAGAACGCGCGAUUCCUCUGCGAUCAGUACUAUCUGGCGGCACCAGAUUUGAAAUUAGUUGUGCACAAUGAAAUGGAACAAGGAGCCGAUAUCAGAAUUGUUUAUGUACCAAGUCAUUUAUACCACAUGCUCUUUGAACUAUUCAAAAACAGUAUGAGGGCGGUAAUGGAGUACCACGGAACAGGAGGACACGACGUUCCACCAAUUAAGGUUCGCAUUGUCAAAGGUCAAGAGGAUAUUUGUGUAAAGAUUUCGGACCAAGGAGGAGGAAUUCCAAGAUCACAAACAGAUCAGUUAUUUAAAUAUAUGUAUUCCACGGCGCCACAACCACUGCACUCGGAUACAAAUAUUGUUCCUUUAGCUGGAUAUGGCUAUGGGUUACCUAUAUCUCGGUUAUAUGCUCGAUAUUUCCAUGGAGAUUUGGUCCUCAUGUCCUGUGAAGGCUAUGGUACAGAUGCCAUCAUCUACCUUAAAGCAUUGUCAGACGAAGCAAAUGAACUGUUACCUAUAUUCAACAAAACUUCAUCCAAAUUUUACAAAGCCACUGUACCAACAGGAGAUUGGUCUAAUCAACUAAAAGUUGUCAGAAAACAACCGAUAAUUAUAUAA